AUGGGGGACAGGGACAGAGAGAUGGGUAUGGGGACAGAAGAGGGGAAUGGGGACGGGUACACAGGGACAGGGACAGGUACGGGGGACAUGGACAGAAGCGGAGGCACCAGCCGUGGAGGCGUCAGCAGCAGGAGCAGAGGGGUCAGCAGCGGAGGGACCAGCAACGGAGGCGUCAGCAGCAGGAGCAGAUGGGUCAGCAGCAGGAGCAGAGGGAAGGAUCAGCAGCAGGAGCAGAGGGGUCAGCAGCAGGAGCAGAGGGGUCAGAAGGAGGGUCAGCAGCAGGAGCGAGGGAUCAGCAGCAGGAGCAGAGGUCAGCAGCAGGAGGGAUCAGCAGUGGAGGCGUCAGCUGCAGGAGCAGAGGGGUCAGCAGCAGGAGCAGAGGGGUCAGCAGCAGGAGCAGAGGGGUCAGCAGCAGGAGCAGAGGGGUCAGCAGCAGGAGCAGAGGGGUCAGCGUAUACCUCCUACCUGUGA